AUGUACAACAACGGUUUCGGAGGCGAGAGCAAUCCAUAUGCUCAGAACUACGCGACAGGCGGCGGAGCGAGCGGAGGCGGCUUCCUCGCUAACGGCAGUCAGUCCGACUCGCCAAGCGGAAAGGUGCGGAACGACCCCUUAUCCCGCUCAUCGCUCACCCGCUCAUCCACUCACCCGCUCAAGGCGGAGCGGAUGCGGGAAUGA